AUGCGAGUGCGAACUUGGGUUCGUGUGGAUGGUGCAGUAAACACAAGUGUGCUAUGUUAACUUCACGUUAAGCUCGAUCAUGGGCCUGUUACCGCUCGAGUUCACGGACUGUCUCACCGACAGCCCGUAUUUCCGCGAAAAUCUCCAUGCGCACGAAAAUGAGCUGGACCGGACGAGUCAGGCAAUCAAAGGAAUCAUCAAGGAGGUCAAGGAUCUGCUGAACGCUGCUCGAAACCUCUCGAGGGCACAACGAAGCCUCGCCAACAGUUUCAUAAAUUUUAGGCUGGAAUGCAUCGGCAACAGCCAGACUGAUGAUGAAAUUGUGAUAGCCGGCUCGCUGAAGGAAUUCGGUCGACUGCUGAUGACCAUCGAAGACGAGCGGGACCGAAUGUUGGAGAACGCCCACAAGACGUUCAUCGAGCCCAUCGAGCGGUUUCGCAAGGACAACAUCGGUGAGGCCAAGGAGCGCAAGAAGAAGUUCGACAAGGAGACCGCCCGCUACUGCCAAUCGCUGGAGCGGUACCUGGGACUCUCCGUCAAGAAGGGCGAUGCGCACCAGAAAGAGGUAUUUGCGGUGCUUGAAAUGGAGAAGAUCCACUUCUUCAAAGCAUCACUAGAAUAUGUACUGCUCCUUCAGAAAGUUCAAGAACGCAAGAAGACCGAAUUCGUCGAAACGAUACUGAGGUUUAUGUACGGCUGGCUGACCUUCUAUCACCAAGGCCAUGAGGUAGCCAAGGAGUUCAACAGCUUCAACACAGACCUGCAGGUUCGGCUUCAGAAGACAAGGGAGAACUUUGAAGCAACACACAAUGAAGCAGAACACUUGAUGAAGAAAAUGUUGGAGGUGCGUACAACGAAGCCCCAAGACUCUGGUUGCCUAAACAAAAUGUAUACUAGGCAAGGUUACCUCUUCCUCAUGGAAAAAAGACACAUUACAACAAUAUGGAACAAGCACUACUGUCAAUACCAGAAGGAAAACCGCAAGUUCACCAUGAUACCGUACUCCCAGACAGUGGGCAAAAUUACAACAACAGACACCUUCUGCCUCAAAGAAUGCAUCAGACGGAUGAAUGACAGCAUAGACAAGCGCUUCUGCUUUGACUUGACAGCGUCAGAUCGUCCCGGCUUGACAUACACAUUCCAGGCGUUGAGCGAAGACGAUUGCAAACAGUGGCUCAAUGCCAUGGAUGGCAGAGAACCUACAACUGCACCACCAGGACGAGCCGCACGGCAGGAAGGAUGCCUGCUAGAUGAAACUGGCUUUGCAUUUGUCCGGAGCUGCAUUGAAGCUAUAGAGGCAAGGGGCUUGGAAGAUCAGGGCCUCUAUCGAAUUGUGGGUGUGAAUUCAAAGGUUACCAAGCUCACACAGAUGGCAUUUGACCCAAAACGAACGGAAAACCCUGAUUUCAUGAACUCCGAGGAGUGGGAGGUCAAGACAAUUACGAGUGCGCUUAAGAAUUAUUUCAGAAACCUGCCUGAACCACUGAUGACGUUUCGUUUGCACACUGCCUUUAUUAGCGCAGCGAAACAAGAAAACAAGGCCAAGAGGACAGCAGCUAUAGAAGAGCUAGUCUCUCAGCUGCCAACUGAUAAUCAACGCAUGGCUGCACUGCUGAUACGGCACUUGCAGAAGGUCUCUGACUAUGCAUCAUCGAAUUUGAUGACCGUGUCAAACCUAGGUGUUUGCUUUGGUCCAACAUUACUUCGGCCAGAAGAGGAAACUAUGGCAGCCAUCAUGGACAUUAAGUUCUGCAAUGUGGUUGUUGAAAUCCUCAUCGAAAACUGUGAUAAGAUAUUCAAAGCUUUCCCACAUAAAGAAGAGGCUAAAGUGUCCACUCCAGCAUCCCGGUCAUUAGAUAGUGGGCAGGCAGCAACACCGUCGGAAGUAGUCCUGAGAGAACGAUCGUCAGCGCAUCACUCCUCACGGGCACACAUCACCGAAAGCCCUGGCUACACCUCACCUCUAACAGAGCUGCAGCGGGUCUACCCGGGGAGGCCCUACUCCUCCCAGCCUCACGUGGAGGCCAAGCGAUUCAAUUCAUUGGCAGCGGCCACCCAAGCAAUCCGUGCCAGCCAGAUGUCGACCGUUCUGUCCCAUCCAGCUGCUGUCACAGCUUACAGUGCUUCCCGGUCAGCUCCCACUGGAGGUUAUGGGCCCAGGGACAAUAGUCACAAUGUGAACUCGAACAGCAGCAGCACAGAGUCCCUGAGCUCACGUUCAAAUGCUUCCAUCAGCCACCAAUCACCAGUUCCCGCUACAAGAGAAUUUCACUCAUCAUCACGUGUCCUAGAUGCAUCAAAGUCUAGUCAGUCGUCCACUCCAACCCAUCACUACACAGGUGGAAGAAAAGUGAGAACCCUGUACGCGUGCGUCGGGGAAAAUAACUCCGAACUUUCAUUCGAACCCAACCAGAUCAUUGAUAAUGUCCGGCCAUCAAGGGAGAGAGGCUGGCUUGAAGGCUACCUGAAUGGCCGCUGUGGUCUUGUGCCUGAAAACUAUGUUGAAUUCCUGCCGUGAACAGGCCAAGCUCUUCGAGAGAAGCGAACCUCUCGAUUGUGGUAUGAAAGCACCUCUACAAAAGGACAGUGCAUACCACAUGCUACAGUGAUUCAGUGUGCCCUCCAACUCACCUGUGAGAUAUUUUUAUUGACCGUAAGAAAAAAUGAAAAAUGUGUGACUUUCGUGUGACUAGAAGCGCAGUGACAGUGCUUCCCCUUCUAUAUGCCAAGGCAUCAAGUUGCUCAGAAGCUCAAAACAAUAACUGGACUCCAUGCUCUCUUGAGGACUUUGCCUGCGCGUUGACUACAGCAGUGGCAAACAGAAGUGUGGCUUUAGGUCCGUUAUUAUUUUCUCUUGUUCUGAAUAGAAGCACAUGUUUGCUCCGUAUUUUAGCCCAAAUGGCAGUGAUGUUGGUUUGGAAGGGAUGUGUCUUUUCUCUCUCUCUGUGGUGUGUUGUCCAUGUCCUCUGUACGUGUACAAAUGCUUGUUGUGCCAGUAGUAAUUGUUGCUUGGCUUCCUCUCAAAGUGUUUUUCUUUUUCUUCCCACCUCAAUUUCUCUGCUGCCAGCCAUUCGCAGAGAAAGGACGAUGCACACACCGAAUGUCCAGUGCAAUAGGGCGCAUUUCUUGCUUUUAAGUCGUUGAAGAGUAUGUUUUUAUCAUUAAUUGAAGGAAUACUAAAGAGAAAUAAUAAAUUAAGCUGCAUUGGUAAUGAUUGUACACCUUAUUGCAGAUAGCCAGAAAUAAUGAAAAAACAGAAUACAAGUGGUCUUUGAAAUUUCUAGUGACCUUGGGAUGUCAAAUAUUUUGAUACAUCUUUCACAUUCAGAAGUAAGCGAAGAAUCAAUCUAGCAAAUUCUUCAGGCACUUCAUGCACAAACGGAGCCACAACAUAUUAAAACACGUUAAAAUUCAUGAUUCAUGCUGAUGUCAAUGGCACCGCUGUUAGGGUAUGAAAUUCAAGAGGAGAAACUUGUCUGCUAAUAACGCUUUCCUGCCAAAGAAAUACAAUUGGAGUUUUGAAAUCAUGAUCUACCAUUCUCAAUUGGCUUACUGUUUCUCUCUAGUGUACCUCCAUUGAAUGCCCUGUGGAAUAGAUGAUACUCUGUGAAGUUCGUCUCGAUGUCGAGCAUGCCAAAUGAUAUGUUUCAAUGCGCCAUUAACUCUCCUCAUUCUGUAUUUGUACAGUGGCUGUUCUUCUGUACAUAAUGCAGCACAGAUUUCACCAUUCUUUAACUGUGGUGCACAUCUUGCAAAGUGGGGUUGCCAAAAUCACACUCGUGGAGCCUGGUGUAUAUAGUGAGAGCAUAUCUUGUUAAAAAUCUGAAGUUAUAGCUGUUUAUUUUUUACUUGCUUCUCUAAAGCAUCUAGUUAAAGCCCUCAUCAUUUAUUUUUACUCAACUCUUUUUUUUUUUGCAUAAAAAUUAGUAAUGCAUACAUGCCUCGCAUAUGUUCAUGCUAUGAACGUCAUACAUGAAUUUCUUGCAACGAAUUUAUUUCUUGGAAACCGAUGACUUGCAUGGCCUUGCUGUUGAUGUUGCAUUUUAGCUCUAUGUUGGUUUUGCUUUGAAAUGACGCGAGUUUUGUGUUGGCAAGAAUUUUCGUUCUUUUGCAUGAAGCACAGAAUGGCUGGGACUUUGUUGCCAGUUUAUUGGACGAAAUGUAUGCUUUUUAGACCAAACAUCGAACCACUCACUGUCAUGACCAAGUUGAUGUCACGGUUGUGCAAAAUUGUCAAAUAAAUUAUUGCCGUGAGUGUUUUUCUACAA